AUGUUGAUGGAUGAUAUUAAAAGCCGGCGAUGUUCAUCCCCCAUCCCUCUCUCGACGCACUAUCUCCUCUUCCGGCGACAUAUCACAUCCCUUCCCGCCCCUUUCCUACGAAUAUAUAAUCAUGAUCCUUUCCGUACACCUCCUCCGCCACUUAAAUUCGAGCAUUGAAGGAGGACACUACGAUCAACAGCCAACGGCUCGAUUUAAUUCCAUUUAAUUCCCCACCUCCAUAAUGGACGGACCAUUAUUCAACAGUCCUUUUGUCGGCGAGCACGAAAAUACAUCGGAUCUCGGUUCCGGGUCGUCGUUUGGCGGGAAGAUGAGUGCCAGGUCAUCGCCCAAAAGGAGGCGUGCCGUACAGAAGCGGGUGGUUUCCGUACGGAUCGGUGACGUGGACGCAUCGCGGGUGAAGGGCGAGGGAGCUCCGCCUUCCGAUUCGUGGGCGUGGAGGAAGUACGGACAGAAGCCCAUCAAAGGAUCUCCCUAUCCGAGAGGAUACUACCGGUGCAGCAGCUCAAAAGGCUGCCCAGCGCGGAAACAAGUAGAGCGGAGCCGUGUGGACCCCACCAUGCUAGUGAUAACGUACGCCUGUGAUCACAAUCACCCAUGGCCGGCCUCCCGAAACACCGCCUCCAACACCAACGCCGCCAUCACUAAUACCCCCACGCCGAAUCUCCCAUCCGAAGAAUCGGCGAUCUUCUCCAGCGCGCCCGAGAUCGAACCGGACGAUCAGUUCGCCGACCUAGAAAACGACGCCGCAUUGCUGCCGGAUGAUCACAGCUGGUUUUCCGACGUGGCAUCGUCUCCCACCAAAGAAGCCGUGCUGGAGAGCCCGAAUUUCAAGGGAAGCAGCCUCGGCGACGCCGACGUGGAGGCGAUGCUGUUGCCGACGAGAGACGAGGACGAUUCGCUGUUCGCCGAUCUCGGGGAGCUGCCGGAAUGUUCCGUGUUCCGGCGAGGGUUUUACGAGCGGGAAGAGGAGAGCCGGCAGUGCAGUUUAAGGGCAGCACCAUGGUGCGGGAGUACAGGAUAAGCUGGUGCGUCACCCCCACAGUUUUUUAUUUGUCGUUUUCCUCCGACGGCCAUAUACUAAAAUGAACCGGGCGCGUACCGUGCGCCAGAUAUUUCCCUCGCCAUGAGGAAUUCUUUUCUAUUGAGAGGAUGAUGGGAUCUGUGUAAAAAGUCUAAAAUAUAAGGGCCUUUUUUAUUAAUUAGAUUUCUGUUUUAAUCUCUUUAUAAUAUGCAUUAUCUCCGGUUUCACA